AGCAUCUAUCAGGAGAAACUAUCGCCUGUCAGAGUGGCAAAUGAAGAGACACUGUGUGAGUGACAGUGGUCUGGUUUCCAAGAGGACAUGUCAGGGUCAUCUUUUUAGCAGCAGACAGGCAGUUGGAGGUGGCCCACAAGACUCCUACAGCCAUCUCAAGCCAUUUCUCAUGGGCCUGUUUUAUAUGAGUGCAUCCAGCAGAUGGCAUUAGAAUUCUUAGACUUCAGAUCCACACUUUGCCCUAUAGAAAUACCAUGUUUUUAUUAAUAGACCACAAGCAGAUCUUCCAGUCUCGGGUCUCUAACUACAAAAGGUAUGAUGGAACCUUUCUCUCUUCCCCAUCCUUUCCAUUCCUCCAGCCGCUGGGGCUCCUCCAUAGAAACUUAGUUUGUGUGACUGUCCCUGGAACUGUUUCUGGAACCUACUCAUCCCCAGGUCCUCCCUCCCCAAAGUGACUCACUAAUGUGGGACUAUCUGAGGUUUCUCUGGGAAGAAAAGGAAGAAGGAGCAUCCCCUUACCCUACUGUGGAGGAUGUGAUCAAUUAUUAUCCUCCCUGGAUAGGACCUAGGCUCAAUGACCUGGAAAGGCCAUUUCAGCACUUCCAUUCUGUCCGUCUCCAAGCCUUCACCUUAGGUAAGAACUUUCGCUUUCAUUCACCUCUCAGGGUGCUCUGACUCUUUACAGCUGAAGGCUCCUCUUGUCCGAGACAAACAGUAUUACUUAGCAGUAUGCAUGCUCUAGCAACAUGAAUGACAUGAAGAGUAACCGAGAACUGUACCUGCAAUACAUAUCCGUGGCCCCUAAGCUGCUGGCCAACAUCUCCAAAUUACUCCUCACGUGCCGGAACACAGGCAUUGCUAUACCUAAGGGCAUCAGAAACAUCUUUGAGUUCACUUGGGAGGAGCUCAUCACUGACCCUAUGGUGCCUACCCCGUCUGACAUUCUGGGCCUGGAGAUCAGCUUUGGAACCCCAUCUGUGGUGCCUGUGGAAUCAACCCCUGUGCAGAUCCACGUCCAGAAGAAGCCGCCCCCGCCGCCCCCACCACCACCACCAGUACCACAGCCACGGUUGCUAACCGCUGCGCCAGGCAAGUUCACCCCCCGUGGCCGUCGGGCAAACACUGGUCGGGAGACCCUAUACAAGUUCCAGCGGCAGUCCAUCCACCUGCUGACCGAGCUGCUCACCCUGAAGAUGAAGGCCAUGCUGGAGUCUGUGUCUGGUGCCAACCCCUUGGACAUCACAAGGCGCUUUGUGGAGGCCAGCCAGCUCCUCCACCUCAAUGCCAAGGAGAUGGCUUUUGACUCCCUGGUUGGCACAUUUGCGAGAAAUAGCUUUGGUGGACUGAUGGGAAAAGAGCCCUUCAUGACCGCCCCAAUCUUGGGAGUGAACUCGCCUUAUCAGCUUAUCUAUGAAGCCUCUACUGGCUGUCUGAGUUUUUCCCUCUCAACUGGAAGGGAAGCCAAGAAAAAAGCAGGCAAACUGAAAAAUUUUGAAGAGGUAAGCAGCACAUCACCCCUUCAACGAGGAAUAGGAACUACCCCUAACAAUGUGGAGAUCAGUGAUCCCUGUCCUGAGGCCCGGGAGAAGCUGCAAGAGAUGUGUCGUCAUAUAGAAUCCGAAAGGACCACGUGGAAAGGGAGGAAUGCCUUCUACCCCAUGGUGUUACGCAACUACGGGGCAAAGAUGCCCACUCGUUCAGGGUCAACCCUGAGCUCCAUUCACCCUCACCUUCAGAUUCCCACUCCCUCUCCUCACCAAUCCACCUCCCAUGUUCACUUCAUUCAGCAAUCUCAGGAGUGGAAGGGAGGCAAGAAGAACAUCAAGUUUCAUUACUCCUUCUAUGAUGGGUCUUCCUUCGUUUACUAUCCCUCCGGAAACAUUGCCAUGUGUCAGAUCCCCACGUGCUGCAGAGGGAGAACCAUCACCUUACUCUUUAAUGACACACCCAACUUCUCCUGCCUGGCCUUAUUCAAUGCCGAAGGCCAGGGCUGUGUCCACUACAACCUAAAGUCCUGCUGCCCAUAUGUCUUGAUCUUGGAUGAGGAAGGCGGGACCACCAACGACUACAAGGGCUAUACAGUCCACAAGUGGAGCUGGUCUUCUAAGACGGAGACUUUGCUCUCUUUGGAAUAUAAGGUAAAUGAGCAGAUGAAGCUGAGGGUGCUGGCACAGAACUCCAUCAUAGUCACCUUUACCUCUAUGAAUGAGACAGCAACACUUACUAUAUCGGCCAACAACUGUCCUCAUGGGGUAGGGCACGAUAAAAAGAUAAUACACAGGGUCAUCAGCAUGGACGACAAGUUGUCUAAGAUGAGCCGAGCCCUGGCAGAGAUCAAGAAACGGUUUCAGAAGACAGUGUCUCAGUUCAUGAAUUCUGUCUUACUGGCAGCAGGACUGCUCACCAUAGAAUAUCCAGCAAGGGGUCUGGGAGAACUAAAUCGAAGCAAAAUGAAAUCCUGGACCUUUUCCGAGCGGGUCAGCAAGCUAAAUCAAUAUUCAGAAAUCCUUGCAUCACGUAAUCAGUCAGCCCCACCUGAAUCCUCGGCUUUCGAGACUCCGAAGGAAGAGCCUGUGUCUGCUCCAAUAAUCCCCACUCAGAAGAAGACCUUCAAAUUACAAGCCAAAGCCCUGGCCACUCUCAGGGGGAGGGCCACGGAGAUGCGCAGCCACACGAGGUGGGCAGCCUCACCCUCUGACUGCCCACUGGUGCUGCGGAAGCUCAUUUGUAAGGAAGACAUCCGCGCUGGCUGCAAGUGCAUAGUGAAGCCACCCCUGGUAUCUGAUGUGGAGCUGGAGCGCUUCCUGUCGGCGCCCCGUGACCCCAGCCAGGUGCUGGUGUUCGGAAUAGUGUCCAGCCACAUUCCUGCCAGCUCAGGACAGCUCAAUUGGAUCCUCAACACAAUCUACUGUCACCGGCAGCAGGGCCGUGCCUCACCCUGCAUCCAGUGCCGGCAUGACCCCUACCGCCUGCUGCGGUAUGACCUGGACAGCCCCCUGCAGAAGGACCCGCCCCUGCUGGUGAAGAAAUACGCUGUGAUGCAGGGGAUGGUUCUGAUGUUCGCCGGGGGGAAGCUCCUUUUUGGGGGCUGCGUUUUGAAUGGAUACGGCUUCAGCAAGCAGAAUCUGAUGAAGCAGAUCUUCCAGGCUCGGCACGACUGCAAGAUGGGCUACUUCAUGCCAGAGAACUACAAAUUUAGCAGCGUUUUACCCUCCUUCCUGGGCCUGGAUGACACGGACUCAGACAAGAGAACAGUCAUGGAAGACGCCCAAGGAAGCAUCUCCUCGUUGACCAUAGGGGACAAGACGGAGGACUAUUUCCCUGAACCUGAGAAGAAGAUGAAACAGCCUGGCGUGGAUCUGCAUCCUGUCAUCCAAGGCAGGACGGACAGUAAGAAGAAGCCGGCCUCCAAGAAGUGAUGCAGGCCCCUUGACCACCAGAGUGCCAGGCCUGGAUGAGGCUCCUCCCUUGCCCACCCUGCCCUGCCCCCACCCCCUUUCUCUGAGCCUCUAUGUAAUAAACAAGCAUGCCUCCAGCAUCUGGGUGAGGCCACGGGCUAGGCUGGCCCUAAAGGCCAGAGGCCCCCAGCAGCCGGGUUCCAGGUCCAGUCCUUGGAAACUGGGUGCUCUGACCCAGAGCCGUUUCCGUGGCCGGUGAAGCAGCCUGGAUUCUCCUGCUCCCAAGGAAACCAACCUGAUCAGGGGGCCAAGCCAAAUGAGACAUGACCAUGGGAGGUCUGGGAUGGGACUAAACUCUGCCCUUCUCCCUGUCACUGGUUAGGAAUGCCUCAGGUUCUGGUUCAAGUGGACAACAGGGUGUGAGAGCGAAGAGGGAGAGGGGAGAGGGGAAGAAAAAAAGCAGAGCAGAAGGAGACAACGCUAAGGGAGAGACAGGAGAGAGAUGAUGAGAAGGGAGAGCACAGAAGGGGGGGUUGGGGGAGAGGGAGCCGAGUGGGAGGUGGGAGGGAAGAAGAAAUGAGGGAGGAGGGAGAAUAAAGGGCAGAUGGAGAGAGGAGGAGCAGGCCCUGGAGUAGGACAGAAGAGGCAGUGACAGGCCACACCCAGGAACCCUGUGGUGGCUCCUGAAAAGCCAGAGCCCCUGUGGCCCAUCUAGCCCACCCUCAUGACCCAAGCCAACAGGCCUGAAGCAUCCUUACCAGCCUCAGGGGCCCAGAGGAGCAGCCUGUUGGUGUGCUGAGGCCUCCCUGGGGGCACCUGCUCUGGCCCCUGCUUGUCUGCGGCUCUUCCCAGGAGCAGAGUGAGGACCCUGGAGCGUCCUCCUUGUUCUCCGGGCCCGGAAGAGAGACUUCAGGCCUGAGCUGUGGGUGGCCUUCAGUGACACGCUCUAUACUUGACUACUUGUGUUCCCUUUUGUAAUCGAUGCUUUUUAAAUCUGAAUUUUUGAGGUU